AUGUCCGAAGUUGAUUCGAUGUCUAACGAGGACAGCUCGAGACUUAGUAAAAUGUCGAGGCCUCCCACACCGACACCGACAACGACAACGACAACGACAACUACUAGCACGACCUCUACUACCGAGUCCUCCAUCUCUACGGAGUCAAAUGCUCCCGCUGAAACAGACAGGACGUGUGGGUACGAUGAUGGAUGGAGCAACGAUGAUCAAUGGCAAUGUCACCAUUCCGUUUUCGAUUUGAAAGGUUUCUGCGACAUGGCGAAAACCUAUAUUCCCAAUGAAAGUUUUUACGGAAAUAGUGAUGGUACCUAUUCUGAAAGCGUCUGCUAUACGGACGGCCGGCACGCUGGCGCUGGGUGUCGUAUCGACAUUCAAAAUCAUGACGGCAAGGAAUGUGCUAUCGAGGGUGGUGCAAUGGCCUCUGCCUAUGAUCGUCUCAUCGAUGACUGUGAUGUGCAUUGUGGACUGCUCACACAAGAAAUAGCAUUGACGGACCCCGACACAAUGUGGAACUUUUGUCCCUCAGUCGGCGCUGCAUAUCUAUUCGCCGUUCUUUUCGCCCUCACAACCAUCGCCCAUACUGCCCAAGCAAUCAUAUACCGCAAAGUUUACUGUUGGGUGAUCGUUGUGUCCGGGUUGAUACAAUUUGUUACCUACAUAUUCCGCAUUUUGAGCAUCCUCAACCCCGCUAGUUAUGCCGAUUACGCCGGAUGGUUCGUGUUGAUUCUCAUCGCACCGUUGUGGACCAAUGCCUUCGUUUAUAUGAUCAUGGGCCGCAUGGUAUGGAACUUCACCGAUGAUGCACGCGUCCUAAAGACGCGCCCCUGGAAUUUCGGCAUGAUAUUCGUUACUUUGGACAUCAUCGCCUUCGUUAUCCAGGUUUACGGCGCAGCCCAAGCAGCCGGGAACAAUGUCGCGUACGAUGUCGAGAUGCAGGGCUUACACAUAUACAUGGGAGGUGUUGGUCUUCAACAGCUUUUCGUUCUUGUAUUCAUUGUUUGUGCCAUCGUCUUCCAUAUCAAGAUAGUUGGACAGAAGCGAUUCGAUGCUAAGAAGGCUUCGCUUCUGUUGUAUGUUCUUUACGCAUGCCUUGCCCUGAUUACAAUGCGUAUCAUUUUCCGUCUAUGUGAAUAUUCCCAGGGCCUCACGAGUACGAUUCCUCUUCACGAAGCGUACCAGUACUGCCUCGACUCACUACCGAUGCUUGUUGCCCUGGUACUUCUCAAUAUUGUACACCCCGGAAGACUCAUGCCCGGAAAGGACAGCGACAUGCCGAGUCGCAAGCAGCGCAAGAACUUAAACAUGUAUACCAAGCCGACUAGACCAACAGACGACAUGGCUCUUGGGGAUUUCUAG